AUGCAACAUUCAUUAAAAAUUAUCCAAAAGAAUUCAUUAUUACAAUUUAGUCAAAGAGCAUCUUCUAAUGUCAUAAAUACAAUCAUAAAUUUUGUUCCUGAACAAGAAGUAUGGAUUGUUGAAAGAAUGGGCAAGUUUCAUAAAACGCUCAAACCAGGUUUAAAUUUUCUUUUACCUGUAAUUGAUCGUGUACAGUAUGUUCAUAAUCUUAGAGAAAUACCUAUUGAUAUUCCACAACAAGAUGUCAUAACUUUUGAUAAUAUUAUUAUUAAUUUUGAAAGUAUUUUAUACAUUCGUGUUGUUGAUCCUUACAAAGCUUCUUAUGGUGUUGUUGAUCCAGAAUUUGCAUCAAGACAAUUAGCUCAAGCUGUUGUUCGAUCAGAAAUCAGUAAAAUUUCACAUGAUAUUUUGUUUAAAGAAAGAGAAAAAUUAAAUAUUAGAAUUUGUGAUGUUAUUAAUAAAGCUGCUGAAUCAUGGGGUUUAGUUUGUAUUAGGCAUGAAGUUAAAAAAAUGUCUAUGCCACCAACAAUUCAGGAGGCAAUGCAAAAAGAAGUUGAAGCUGAUAAAAAGAAGAGGGCCUUAAUUUUGGAAUCUGAAGGUAAAAGAGAUGCUGCUAUUAAUAUUGCUGAAGGUGAAAAAAAGGCAAAAGUUCUUGCUUCACAAGCUCGAAUGGAAGAAAUUAUAAAUCAGGCGCAGGGAACGGCAAAAGCAAUGGAACUGAAGGCUGAUGCACAAAAAAAGGUUAUUGAAAAAAUUGCAGAGGCACUUCAAAAUAAUGGUGCAGAUAAGGCUGCAGCAUUAAGUAUUGCUGAGAAUUAUAUUAAAGCAUUUGAAAAGUUAGCUAAAGAAAGUAAUACUUUAAUUGUUCCAAGUAAUGUUAAUAAUGUUAGUUCAAUGGUUGGGGAAAUCUUGACUGUUUAUGAAAAUAUAGUUAAAAAAAAUAAAAAUUAG